AUGCAAGGUUAUGACCCUGUUGACUGGUUGUCCUUUCUUCCUGAAAAUCAUUCUGUGGAUUGUGUGAUAGGACAUGGGGCUGUUCUUGGUCGGCAAGUGCAGGGUAUAAGACGUCAGUGUAAGUGCAAGUGGAUUCAGGUCGUUCAUACAGCUCCUGAAGAGCUUGGUAUGUACAAGUCCUAUGCAGAUGCCAUUUCAAAAGGUGAGAAAAAGCACCAGGCUGAGGUAAAACUCUCUGAAAAAGCUGAUCAAGUUGUAGCAGUUGGUCCCAAGCUGGCUGAAGCUUUCUCAGGUUAUCUCCGUGUCUGUGGAAAGGAUCAAGAUAUUCUUAAUCUUACUCCAGGUAUCUUCUCAGAAUUUUCUGAUGUAAAGCAAGCCACUGAAGAAAGAAAAACAUUCAGUGUUUUAGUGUUUGGACGUGGUGACAAUGAAGAUUUUCAGCUGAAAGGAUAUGACAUUGCUGCUCGCGCUAUUGCUGAGUUGAAAGACGAGCCACAGCCCUAUAAGCUCUUGUUUGUUGGAGCUCCAAGUGGCGAAGAGGAGAAAGUAAAAGAUUUGUUACUUAAGCAAGGCAUUGAUAGAAGUCAACUGACUGUACGUUGUUUCAAUGAAAGCAGAGAGCAGUUAGCCCGUUUGUUUUGUGAAGUAGAUCUUGCUAUAAUGCCAUCACGAACUGAGGGAUUUGGUCUUGCCGCCCUUGAAGCUUUAUCUGCUGGUCUGCCUGUGCUUGUCAGUGGGAACUCUGGUCUUGGAGAAGCUGUGAAAAAAGUUCCGUUUGCUUCAAGUUGUGUUGUACAAUCCGAAGAUCCUAAAGAUUGGGCCAAUGCAAUCAAAGCUGUUCGUGGGAAAGAUCGAAAGUUGAGACUUAGAGAGGCCAAGGUUCUCAGAGGAGAGUAUGCCGAGAUGUACAGCUGGCAGGACCACAGUAAAAGACUUGUGGAACAAAUGCUUGCCAUUUCUCGAGGUAAUAGGCCCACUUUGUUACAUAAAUUGGUCCUUAUAAUCUGUACUGCUUGCAUUAGGAAAUGUAGGCUGGCGCAAUUACAAUGACAACAGUAGUGAGAACCUCACCGCAACAAAUUUUUCCAUAAUCUCGUUUAAUAACUCCUUCAGAGAAGUCUGCCUACAUUUAUCAAUAUCAGAGAGUUGUAAACAAAAUCGCGAUACCUUCUAAAGAACGCGAAUUUAAUUUUUUCGUGACGUCUUAUUCGCGACCCUGAGGCUCAGAGGUAAAGAAUUGUAUUGCUAAUCUUUUGUAGGUCCCAGUGCAGAUGAGCAGAACUUAUCUAAGAAAGCCACUGUGAUCUGUCAAGAUGAAAACCCCUCUCCUUCUGAAAAACGUCUUCGUAAAGGUACACUUGAAUGUUAGAAACAUGAGCAAUAUGUCCACAAGAGCAAUUAAUUGUUUUCCAUGUAGGAGAUAUACUUUUGUGUAAUAUGGGCUCAAUGAUUAUUCCGUGCUGGAAUGUUAAAUUAACAAGGAAUGGUUGAAGCCUUGAAAAGUACUCGUUUAAGACUAAAUCUUAUUAAGGUAAAAACUUUGUCACACUGGAGCAGCUUCACACUGGUUACAGGUUAACAACGUUUGAUGCCGAUAAAUAAUACUCGUUUCAGGUUUACUCGAACUAAACAGGGUAAUACACCACAGUAUAAGGAAGUUGCAUUUUAUCAUAGAGGCUUCGUAGUUUUGUAUAGGUUAUUUUAAGUGAAAAAUCAUUUCAGCUCGGGACUUUUAAAUGCUGGCCAUUUCCGAGGUGAUCAGUAACAACUGAUCGCCCCAUUCCAUAAUCCGGAAAAUUUGUGCUUGUGGUAUCAGGAAUCCGGGAAUUUUGUUUCGUGGAGUCCAGAAUCCUGGACAUUGGAAUAAAACGAUUUGAAUCCGGAAUCCAAGUUCCGGAGUCAAUAGCGCGGAAUCCAGAAUCCAAGACUUUGUUGUCCUGUGUUUUUGUUUGAUUAGUUCAAUUCAACAGAGGUCUGCAGCGUCUGGAAACUGCAACCUUUAAGGCUUGAAUGCCAGUCAGGCCUUUUUCUAUCCCGUUCACAGUCCCUCUAUUGACUAUUUUGGAAUCCCCCAUAAUACACUCUGUCUGCUCCCCAAUUUUGCAUAAGUUAUUGUCUUCAAAUGCUCUUGGGAAAAUGUAGUACUUCCAGGAGCAUUUGAAAACAAUGAAUACAAAAUUUGGGGGGCAAACAGAGUGUAUUAGGGGAGAUUCAAAAAUAGAGAAUUUUCUCUUUAGAGAUCGUUGAGCGCGCGCGGAAUUAAUGAUCGCAAGUGCAAGGGGGUCGCGCUCCACGCUCUCUCACUCGCUUCGCUCGCGUGCUCGUCGAUUUUCGAGCUUUCUUAAUUUAAUGGCCGCAUUUAUGUAGCUAGUUCAUACAAUGUUUUAGUAGAAAAAAUCGCAGAUAUAAUUGAUAUGAGGAUUGAUUAUCAGUGUAUGAAGUGUAACGGUAAACAAAAAUAUUGGGGCAGAAUAUAAAAACAGUAAUUGAUUUCAUUUUAGGCUCGACCAAGGAACGCCAGUCUUCCAAGAAAGGCAAAAGACCGUUAUCUUCAAGUAACAUUCCAGCUCCAAAAUACCCAAGGCUGUUGAAAGAUAAAGGUAAGGUUUGUUUUUGCUAAUUCUUAAAUAAAGGUUAGUUGUUUCUUUUUAUAUGUACAACUGUCUUAGUGGGGAAGAUGUUUCUCAGGCAGUGAUGCAGGCGGCUGGUAAGAAAAUCCGAGUACACCCAAUAGGAGUCGAACAUCUGACCUUCUGGUUUCUAGUCCAUAUGCUCUAUCACUAAGACAGGCGGCUCGGAAGAAAAAAUUCAAGUGUUCCCCGAAUAGGAGUUAAACCUAUGACCUUCUGGUUACUGGUCCAGAUGUUCUACCACUGAGCCACAGGAGACUGGUGGGAGCUUAGGUCACUAAGCUAGGUUCACGUGACAAACAUCUUGGGUACUGCUAGGAGUAUUGUAGGACUACACUGACACACUGCAUCGAAAGUAACACAAUGUGGAUGAUUUUAUGUUCCUUGAUUGAGGCUUUAUAAUGCCCGUACGGCUCUGCUUCCGGUUUGAAGUUAGGCUCUCACAAGGCUCGACUCGCUCUCACUCACGCUUGGAGCAAAUUGUACGCUUUUCACGUCUGACCCACUCUCCCAAUUUCGAAACGUGCUUCAUAAAACCCUCGAGCUACAAUAUGGCCAGUUUAGAAGUUUGAGCACAUUUUGGCCAAAAACGUAGUCAAGUCGUGCUACAGUUCCUUGAGUGAAAGAUUAUGCAUGGUCAACGGUUAAGUUCCUAACCCAGUGUUUUUUGUUCUUUGUUUGUUUGUUUUUUUUUGCGUCGCUACCACAGGCGCAGGACAAAAACGUUUCCUCUUGGUUUAUUUAUUUGUUCUCAGUUAAGGAAUUUUCCAUCUGAAGUUUGUUAACUCUGACGAUAUAAACGAAGCUUUUCUGAGAUUUAUGACGUUUGCCUAAAGACUUUAAUGGAUCACCAAUGAUGUGUUACAAAAGCCAAAUCUUUAAGGCGACGUAAUUUUACAAAGAAUGCGUUUUACUUGUAAAUGUGGUAGGAGGGUAAAUGUGGCAGUAUACUUUAGAAAUUUUUGAUUUAAUCCCAAAAAUGAUAAAGAAGUUAGUUUCUCUGUGGUGCUGUAUCAGUGAGGAAAUAAAACACUGAAAUUUGGUAUUCACUAAUAAGUUAAAAAAUUUGGUUUGAGCUCCAGCUGUCCAAUGGUUACUGUUCCUUAUUCAACGUUGUCAUAUGAAGCCUAUUUGUGCACAGGCAGAAAAAGCAAAUAGUGAGUCCACUAACGGUGAACUUACGUGAAAGGAAGCCGAAAGAAAAAGACGGCAAACCUUGAGUGACAAGCGUGUCAAUAAUUUUGUUUGAAAAAUUUUCGGCCAAACUUCACUUUCCUUUAAACACAUCUCAGUUUAAAAGACCAGAACACUUUAUUGGUGAAUGAAAAUCUCGACAAAACUCGCAAUUGAUAACCCAUUCAUGUUUGUCUCACAUAAACGUUUUGCUGGCAUCUUCGUCUUUUUGUUGUCUUUUUGCGUAAGCUCCUUAAUAUUAAGGAACGACGGUAAAGAUUUCCAGGUGGUGUAUUUAUUUUAACUUACCGUAAAUCCUCUAUUAAGCCCCCCUCUCAAUUAAGCCUCCCCUUUUCAGAGGAGGAAAGUUAAUAAGCCCUUCUUCUCUAUUAAGCCCCCCCUCCCCCUCCCCUCCAUCCUUAUUCUUCACAAACAAAUUAACGUUGCCUGAUCGGUUAGAGCGGUUUUCACUUGACUGUCGAAAGUAAUUGAGGAAUUGGUUUGGUUUUGGUUUUACUACGCCCUUUGGUUGGCUAGUGUAUUUACUUUGGUUUUGGUUUUACGACAGUCAAGUGAAAACCGCUCUAUGGUUUAUUCGGGCUGGAAAUUCAUAUUGUUUAUGGUUUUCGGCCGCAUGACCUCCAACUUCAUGUGCUGAACCUUUUCAACUUUAUGCUGUACUUCUCUGUGGAGAAUUGUUAUCAUUUUCUUAUUGUUAAAAAAAAGCAGUAUGGCGCCUGGUUAUCACAAGUCCGUCCUCUCGAAACCUUGUUCCCGUUGAUGCAUUUCGCUAAAUUAAAUAAGCCCCCCUCUCUAUUAAGCCCCCACCCCCUCAAAAGUGCUUGGAAAAAAAAUUAGCUCCCCGGGGAGCUUAAUAGAGGAUUUAUGGUACUCACAAGCCACUGAAGAUAGAAAGGAUUUUCGGUCGUUCUGCUGAUCAAAUGAAUAAGAGAACAGCAUCUUACAAAUUAACACGUUCCUAGUGUAAAACCCUCUGGUUUAUACUGGAAUACUGAGAAAUAUUUACGAUCUCCUUGUUUGCAGCAGGUUGGCUCAACUCAGUUGUUUUGAAGCUUCUCAAAGCUGAAUACAAAAGGCGCUCUCAGUUAAGACCACUUCUUUGGGAUAGCACCAUUGAGUUACCCCUGGAAGACGUCUACACGAGACUUAAAAUCGUUUCAAGGCGAAAAGCAGACUUCCGGGGGAAUGAUAACGAGGUGAAUGUGUUCAACAUCUUCACGGCUCUUGACAAAGGUGAGGAUGUUAUGACGCUUGUCGAAGGGAGUCCAGGAAUUGGUAAAACUACGUUUUGCCUUAAACUAGCUCAUGACUGGGCAUAUGGAAAAAUCCCAGCGGAGUGUUCUUUUCCUAAAUUCGAGCUCGUGUUGCUUUUGAAAUGUCGAGAUAUACAUGAAGAUAUAAUGGAAAGUAUCAGUGAGCAACUGUUGCCAGAAGACAUCGAGGAGAAGACGAAAGGGAGACUAUUUGACUUCAUUAAGGACAUUCAUAACCAGGAGAAAACUUUAAUCAUUUUAGACGGUUUGGAUGAGCUUCCCAAAGAUUCCGAACGUUAUGUAGAUAAACUGCUUCAAAGAAGAAUUUUACCAUUUUGUUAUGUUUUGGCUACCUCCCGACAGGAGAGGGGAAUUGAUGUACGGAAAAGGUACGGCUUCGAUAUCCUUUUGGAGAUUAAAGGAUUCACAGAGAGUGAUGCUUUUGAUUAUAUCAGAAAACAUUUUAGAAAUGUUGGUCCCUUGCAUUCAUCAAUAGGAGAAAGUCUCAUUAAGGAAAUUAAAGAAAACACUCUGUUACAUGCCUUGCGAAAUAAUCCUUUAAAUUUACUUCUUCUUUGUGUUAUUUAUGAGGACUAUGAGGGGAAUUUGCCGUCUUCCCGUUCUGAGCUUUACCAGGUUAUUGUACUGUGCCUUUUAAGGAGACAUUGCGCUAAACACAAUCUAAAGGCUCCUAACGAAAAUAGUGCCUUAGAAAAGCAAUUUGAAGAGACCAUUCUCGCACUUGGAGAGUUGGCUUGGUUGUGUUUGCUGAGCGAUCGCUAUUGUUUUCGUGAAAGUCAAUUAGCUGCGCUUGAAAGAAGAUACAAAGGAUUGGUAUCUCGUCACGUAGGCCUAGUUUACAAGGAAGAAAGUCUGAGGAGGUUAAUGCCCCAGCAUGAGUACUACUUCCUUCACAAGACCUUCCAAGAGUACCUGGCUGCCGCUUUUAUUGCUGACAAGUUGCAAGGAAACGAGUUAAGGUUGUUUGAGCGUCUAAGUUUUCUUGAACUUGUGGAAAAGUAUCGAGAAGUAUUUCUUUUUGUUUCUGGUAUACUUGGGAGAGAUGCAAACAUUCUAUUCGCUCAGAUUGGCGAGGAGCUGAAGAACUGGGGAGAAUGGGACUGGGUCAGUUGCGAACAGUCAGGAGUGGUGACAGUGGAUGACCGAGAAGGGGAAGAGAUCUGGGUUGACUGGGAGAUCGACGACGAGGACCGAGGCUGGGAAGCAGCAACUUUUUUCACAAAAAGCUUCAGUGAAAGUGGACACGCUGAAAAAAUGGCAGAGACUCUUUGUUCCUACAUACCCUUUCCUCCUCAUGUUCAGAUUGAGCUUAGCGAUGACAAGUUUGGCAAUAUAUAUCACGUUUUAGAUGCCUGCAAAACCUUUUCAAACUUACAGAAGCCAGUUCGGCUUACGGUUCAUGAUUCAUGUACUCAACGUAUAAGCGAUCAGACUGUUGCAGAGUACAUACAAUCCUGCUCGCAGCUUCAGACUCUAAGCAUUGUUACCUCUGCAAUGACUUCAAGCCUAGCUAACGCCCUUUAUAACGGUUUAUCUGGAAACAUGACAUUAUCAGAGUUUACUCUAGAAUUGUGUGGUGUUAUCCCUUGUGAUACAGCUGUCGUCAUCGGUGAGUUGUUAGCUACACAAAAAUCGUUGAAGAACGUAGAAUUUACACUUGUCUGGAUGCAAGGUGAGGCUUGGGCCAGUGCUAUUGAAACUGGAUUGUCUGCUGACACUCUUCUGUCGUCUGUGGCCCUCCACUUUCGUGGGUCAAUGAGUGAUACCGCGGUACAUGGUUUGGGAAAGCUUUCAUCAAAUAAAGCUUUAACCAACUUUUCCCUUAAUAUUUAUGGAGACAUGCAAGAUUCAGUAGCUGCUGUUAUCAGUGACGGAAUUGCACAGCAAACCGCAUUGAGGACAUUCAGUCUUAAGGUUGAUGGCAAACUUAGUGGUUUUGGUGCUAAUAACCUGAAAAGAGGCCUUCUAGAAAAUCGCUCUUUGAAUAAUUUAAAAGUGACUGUCCUUGGAAAAGUUCCGAACAACUGGCAGUCGUUUGCAGAAAAUAUUCGCUUGGCCAAGAAGGUAUCAGUUACUUUAAGUGUAUACCCAGAUUCUUGCAGCAGAAUAACGCAUAAUCAAUUGGCUUAUUUUUGUCCUGGUCCAGCUGUGGUCGAUAAAGGAUUACAGACAAAACGGCAUUUAACUGUAAUCCUCUGGGGUGAGCUGAGUGCUGACGGGGCAGGAGCUUUAUGUGAGGUCUUGGUACGUGCUCCCCUGACAAGCGUGAAUUUGAGAGUGCACGGAAAAUUAAAUAAUAGUGUGGCUAAUUGCAUUGCAAGAUAUUUCAGCCGACGCAAGACUGUUUUCUCCCUUACGAUCGAUGUUUGGGGAAAAUUGGCCCCAGAAACAGUGACUUUUCUUCAGGGACUAUCAGGUAACAACGCAGUUGUCGAGGUGAAAGUGCGUGACGUCUGUGUCGUUCCUGACGAAUUGUGCAAGUCCCUUGAUGUCUCUAUUGACAAUAUUGCAUCUCUUACACCAGCCCUGUAUAGAAGAACAUCAGAGAGGAAAAGGUUACUCUAA